AUGGCGUCCUUUGACUUGACAAACUCCAUGGCAACACCAACUGGAAGCAUGCCACCAAAGUUGAGAUGGAUCUGCUUGCAAGGUACAAGGUCCUUGUGGAUAUGGGGAGAGGAACCCCAAUGCCAAAAGAUCACCAAAAGUUCAGAGUCCAACUUGUCAAUGCCCUUAAACAUUGUGACAUACGUACUGCCAAACAAAACAAAACCCAGCUGUCUAUUGACAGACCAAUCAGUUGUGGGUAUAAUCCAUUAUUUGUUGAAUGGAAACCCAAUCAAUUUCUUCUCUAAGGAGCAGUCAACUGUUGAGACUGCUACUUGUGGUUCUGAGUUUGUGGCCACUCAAACCUGUGUCAAACAGAUCUCGGAUCUUCAACAGACCUUGAGGUACCUUGGUGUGCCAAUCAAAGGUCAAAGCUACAUGUUCGGUGACAAUGAAUGUGUUGUGAACAGUUCUUCCCGACCUGAAGCAAGGCUACACAAGGGGCAUGUUGCAUUGUCGUUCAACCGUGUGAGAGAAGCAGUAGCAUGUAACAUGCUAUCUUUUAUCCACAUUGACGGUGUUCUCAACCCUGCUGAUAUUCUCAGCAAGCAUCGGGGCCAUCAGCAAAUCUGGCCACUAUUACGGACUCUAAUGCUGGUCUGGUGA